GCAUAUGGAAUUAAACCAUAAAGAUACAAAAGAAGUAAAACAGAUUCUGCAAUAUCCUCGGAAAAGCAAAGAAAGAAGGCAGGCUUUCAGUUUGCUUAGGAACCAAACCAAUUUUGAUUUAUACAUAGAGGGCGAAGUACGUCCAUAUCGAGAAACAAUGGAAAAAGACUCUUUAACUUUUUAUCCAUGUGUAUAUUGUAAAGGAGUUUUUAAAAAAGAAUAUUUAAAGCGUCACACGAAAUUAUGCGUUGUUCAGAAUAACACACAAAAAAAAGGUAGUGAACUUUAUUCCAGAAAGUAUUAUGUUAGCAACUCCCAAACUGAAGUUGCCUGUGCACUGGAUGCCACAAAUGCAAUCUCAAGGUUAAAUGUAAAAGAACAGGUAUUUGACAUUAUGAAGGGAGAUGAAAUAUCCUUCGUAGCAAAGAAAGACCUACUUAUCGUUUAUUUUGGAGAAUCGUAUCUAAAAAAACAUAAAAGAGAACGGAAAGAAUACGCAUGCAGUUCAAGGAUGAGGGAACUAUCGCGCCUAUUAAUUGCCUAUCGGGAAAUUACUAAUGAUUACAAAUGUUGCUUCAAAGAUAUUUUAAAACCAAAGAAUUUUGAUUACUUUCUAACAGCUACAAGAAAUAUUACCGGGUAUGAUCCAAAAAACAAAUUGUUCAAAGCUCCGAGUCUCGCUAUGCAUUUAGGAACAUAUUUGAAAGAUAUGUGCGAUGAACUAACACAUUUAAUUUUAAAAGAAACUCAAGGAUUUGUUUGUAAAUUGCCAGAAGAAUCGGAAUUGUGGCUCCAAGAAAUAAAAAAAUUUAAAAAGUUAGUAAUUUCACGUUGGAACACCGAAAUAUCGAGUUUGGCAAAUAAAGAUUUGCAAGAAAAACGCUGGAAAAAGCCACUUCUUGUACCUCUAGUAAGCGACAUUAAAAUAUUUAGAGAUGAAACAAUAAAAAUGGCGGAGAAUUGUUAUAUACAGUUUAUAAACCACACGGAUGAUGUAGAAACUUAUAAAUUGCUAGUUAAGUGUUCGUUGGCACUACUAAUUAUUUUUAAUCGUAGACGUAUAGGCGACGUGCAGUAUCUAAAAAUUCAAGAUUAUAUGAGACAAAAUAAAUCUAAUUUAAAAGAUUUUGAAUCUGUACUAACGGAAUCGGAAAAAAUUUUGACAACAAAGUAUAGGCGUAUUCUAAAUAGUGGAAAAGGUUCCAGACAAGUCGUUAUCUUGCUACCGGAGAUGUUAGAAAAAUAUAUAAAUUCUUUAUUGGAACAUCGUAAAAAAUACUUUUCGCAAGAAAAUGAAUAUGUUUUUGCUAUGCCCCAGAGCAAAAUUAAGUGGGGACAAGGUGAUGUUGCAAUAAGAUAUUUAACAACUAAAAUGGAGUUACAAUAUCCUGAAGCUAUUUCCAGCAACAAAUUGCGGAAACACAUUGCUACCAUUGCACAAAUAUUAAAUCUAUCGAAAGAAGACAUCACCCAAUUUUCUAAAUUUAUGGGUCACAGUGAAAAGACCCACGCCGAAUUUUAUGAGUUACCAGUUGACAUAUACCAAACAGCCAAAGUUUCCAAAUUGCUGAUUAUGAUGGAAAAGGGAUCUUUACCUGCUGAAUUCAAGGGCAAAUCAUUAUCCGAAAUUGAAUUUGACGAGAACACGGAAUAUCCUGAAGAUAAUAAUGAAGAAAAUUUUUCGAAAUCUAAAAAAUCAAAACAAAACUCUUCAAAUAUUGCCUCUACUUCUACUAGCACCGAUACACCACACUCAAUUGAGCGUGCUUGUAAUGAAGAUUCAGAUUACGAAAUGCCUUUAAAACAUACGAAAACAGAGCAUAAAUCAGUACAGGAAAAAGAUCCAGAUUCAGAUAUAUGGACAACGCAAUUAAAGAAGAAAAAAAUACAAAAAAGAAGUUGGACAGCUGAUGAAAUAAAUCUACUUUCAAAUAAUUUCAAAGACUGUAUUAAAAAUAAGCGGUAUCCUUCACAACAAUGUAUCUUAGAUUUUAUUAACAACACAAAUAUCAAAAGAACUCCAUUGCAUAUUAAAGCAAAAAUUCAACAUUUAAUAAAAAAAAAUUAACAUUAUGAAAUAGGUAUGUUUUUACGUUUUUCCUAUGGUUACCUAUAAAUAAAUCAGUGGGCGUUAA